GGUCACACUGAAUGCAUACGUUUUGCGUUUGUCUUUUGUUAUUUAUUACUGUGCUAUGUUUACCAGCUGUUUAGUGUUUGUUCAACGGUAGUUAGUUAGCUUUCGGCAGCCAAACAGCCACCACGGACGUCGACGGGGACGGGAACAGCUUGCACGGCUUCCACUUGCGAUCCCAGCUCCUCCUACGCCUGGGCCAGUCGUCGAUGAGAGAGAGAGCUCCCCGGGGAGCGGCCAGAACGCGAAAGAUGAGCAACAACUACAAUGAUGUGCCCCUGGGCAUCCGGCUGGUGCAGCGGCUCUCGCGCCACUGCUGCACCCGUUUCCAUGCCCGCCGUGAUUUGCUCUACAAAAUGUCCGUGUUCGUUCUAACCUUCUUGGCGUAUGCCUGCUAUCAUAUGUCCCGCAAGCCCAUAUCUGUUGUCAAAUCGGUGCUACAAGGGAACUGUUCCACCAUUCAGGUGGCCAAAGGCCAGGAGUGUGGCUACGCUCCUUUUGAUGGACCCGAUGCCACCACCCUGUUUGGCAUGCUGGAUUCAGCCUUCCUCUUCACCUACGCCAUUGCCAUGUUCGGCUCGGGAUUCGUGGCUGAGCGGGUUUCCCUGCGCUACUUCCUGUCCAUGGGAAUGAUCCUAACCGGAGUGUUCACCUACAUGUUUGGUGUCGCCAGCACCUCAAACGUACACAGCCUGUGGUACUUCAUUGCCGCCCAAAUCGGAGCCGGCAUCUUCCAGACCACCGGAUGGCCGGGUGUUGUGGCGCUGGUGGGUCGUUGGUUUGGAAAGUCCAAGCGAGGCCUAAUCUUCGGCAUUUGGAACAGUCAUACGUCGAUUGGAAACAUACUGGGAACCCUGAUCGCGGCGCACUACGUGGAAAGCGACUGGGCACUCUCGUUCGUAGUGCCCGGCAUCAUCAUUGCUGCCGUGGGCUUCCUGCUCUUCCUUUUCCUGGUGGACCAGCCGGAGAUCGUUGGCAUUUAUCCGGAGGCGGGACAGCAUGAGCGCCGCGUGGCCAACGAGUCGGACGAGGAGCACGACGACGAGGAACAGGUGCGCCACCAAGAUGCGGAGAUCAACUACCGAUCACCGCCCACCGAGCGCACUCCCAUCCUGGCCCGUCCCCAACAGCCGAGUCACACCCGCGGUCGGGGCCGGCCAAUCAGCCUGACAGAUGCCCUCUACAUACCCGGCGUGGUGGAGUUCUCCCUCUGCCUUUUCUUCACCAAACUGGUCAGCUACACCUUCAUGUACUGGCUGCCGUUGUACAUUCAGUCUUCCAGCACACUGGGACCUGAACUCUCGGCGGAUUUGUCCACCCUCUUCGACGUGGGAGGCAUUCUGGGGGCCAUUGCUGCGGGAUAUCUGUCCGACGUGAGUGGAAUGUCGGCCACCGUUUGUACGGGCAUGCUGUUCAUAGCCUCUCCCAUUCUGCUGCUCUACCAACAGUACGGAGCAUUGUCGGUGACGUUCAGCGUGGUGCUACUGAUUGUGGUCGGCAUCUUUGUGAAUGGGCCCUACGCCCUGAUUACAACAUCGGUGAGCGCGGAACUGGGCCAGCACAGCUCUCUGGAGGGUAAUUCCCACGCCCUGGCCACCGUCACGGCAAUAAUCGAUGGCACGGGAUCGAUUGGAGCUGCUGUGGGUCCCCUGCUGGCCGGUCUCAUCUCCUCCACAGGGUGGCAGAACGUCUUCCACAUGCUCAUCGUGGCUGACAUCAUUGCCAUGGUGCUUCUGGGCCGGCUGGUCGUCAAGGAGUGCGCCUCCCUGCGCCGAUCCUCGCAUCGGAUUCGGAUUGAAUAGCAGGACGCCGAAGUGGCUACGCCCGUUGACACGGAUGUGGUUUGACCCUAUUUAUUCUUUUAUUAACUCUUCGUUCUGUGUACAUAGCAUGGUAUUUGUAUAGCCCUCGUACAUAUAGAGGCCGUUUGUGUUUCCAUUCGAGAGCAUAUCAGAGAGUGGUUCUGAUCCUAGUUUUAAACGAUAGCAACAUCAGCACCUGACGUUAUUUUUUAAUGGAAUGUUUACCAUCAUCCUAGGCUAUCUAACCAUCGAGUUUACAGUUUUUGAUAUAUUACCUACAUAAAUAUAGACACCUAUAUAUAUUUUGUAAUCCUGUGUGAGCGCGCGUGUGUCCAGAGUCUCCUCGUUUUAAGUGCCGAACUAUCAUUAGUUAUAGCGUAACUCUACUGCUAUGUAAAUACACUUUAUCGUACACUUUUGGUACCAAAUAAAAUCGGAUUUGGCUGCCCCGUUCCCGGCAGUCCUGUUUCUGA